AUUGCUUGGUAGGUUGUGUAUGCAGCCAUGCAUGUACCAAAGCAGGCUAGCUAUUUGUUGAAUAGGAAAUGACAUGAGAUAAUAGGAUUGAUGAGAGGAGUCUCCCCUUCUCAUUGCCUCUUUAAUACGUCUUAGACACCCGGACAUUGACUUAGAUGCCUCGGGAGAAGCAGCAUUGGGAUUUAAGACCCUUCCUCCUUUUAUUAGCUGUACAAACGGCAGAGAGACAAAGGUACACAAGCUAACUAGAUAGAGGUCAAGAGCAUGUCAUCCAAGAAGAAGAGGGCCGCGAUAGAUCUCUCCCUAGAGGUAGAGAGGAGUGACGAAGACCAUGGCAGCGGCGGCAGAGGCAAAGGCGAUCGCCGCCGGGGCAAGGAUGAUGGUGAGGUGGACAAGAAAGAAGAACAGUUCAAGGAGCAAGGCGAGGAACCCAAAGAGGAAACCGGCGAGGAGGAGAAGGUGGUAGUUGAAGUGGUUGUAGACCAAGGAGGAGACGGCACCAAGGAGAUCAAAUAUAGGACUCAACAAGGAGAGGAGAUGGAGGACGACAAGCAAUCGCCAGCGGAUGCCCACGGCGACGGGGAGAGCGAUGGGGCCGAAGCUCGUGCGCAGGACAAGCACGUGGUAGAGGCCGCCGGCAACGGCGACGGCGGGGACGAUAGCUACACCACCAUGGUGCAAGACGAGGUAAGUGCGAUGCAGGAGGAGAUGGAGAAGAUGAAGGAGGAGAACCGGAUGCUCCGGCGAGUCGUCGACCGAACCGUGCGUGACUACUACGAGCUGCAGAAGAAGGUAGAAGCCUGCUAUCAGCAGCAACAGGCAGAUGAGCCUAAGGAGCCCGAGGUGUUCCUUUCCCUCGGUGCCACCGCCGCCGGGACUGGCGGCGCCUUCCCGGAGCCGAAGCGGAAGGAGCGGCAAGCAGCGCGGCGGCCGUCUGUGGGGAGCGAUGACACCGACGACGACGACGCCAAGGAGGACCUUGGGCUGUCCCUUAGCCUGAGAGCGUCGUCGUACGAGGAAGAGAAGCUAGAAGCGGGGCACGACGACGUGGAAGGUGCCUCCGUGGUCGGCGCCGACGACGGCAAGGCGAAGGGCUACACGCUGCUGGAGAGUAGCAAGCUCGGGGCACCGGCGGCCGGGAUCACGAGCCAGAGUGUCAACCCGGCCAACCGCAAAACUAGGGUUUCCGUGCGCGUCCGAUGCCAAGGCCCCACUAUGAACGACGGGUGCCAGUGGAGAAAGUACGGGCAGAAGGUCGCCAAGGGCAACCCGUGCCCGAGAGCCUACUACCGGUGCACCGUCGCGCCGGGCUGCCCGGUGCGCAAGCAGGUGCAACGAUGCCUAGAGGACAUGUCGAUCCUGGUGACGACGUACGAGGGUACGCACAACCACCCGCUCCCCGUCGGCGCCACCGCCAUGGCCUCCACCACCUCCGCCGCGGCCACAUUCAUGCUGCUCUCCAGCACGACCUCUUCCUCCUCCAUCUCCGAGGCCGGCGGCGGCUCAGCGGCGCCUCCCUACCUCAGCACUCCAUACCUGCUCAACUCCACCUCCCACCACUCCGCCGCUUCGCCGCUGCUCAGCGCACCACCGUCGUCGUCAAUGCCCAGCAGUACCCCUGGCGCGGCCAGUGGCGUGCAGCAUCUCAACAUGUUCGGGCAUUCGUCGUCCAUGCUAGCUCAGCAGGCGCCACAUUUCGGCAGCAACAGCAAGUACCCAUGGUCAUCGGAUCCUUUGCAGGGCAUGGGUGGUGGUGGUGGUCUGCCAGCAGGGAGCAAGAGGCCGUUUUGGAGCACCGGCGGCGACGAGAAGACGGCGACAUUGCCGGACAAUGUCGGCGCAGUCAUGGCAGACCCAAGUAAGUUCUCCGUGGCGAUCGCGGCCGCGAUCAACAGCUAUAUGGGGAAGGACGGGCAGGUGGUGGGCGGCAAGGACGGGGAGAGUAGCAGCAGCAAGAGUAGUAACAAGUGGGGGGUGGUCGAAUCACUUCCACCUCCAUGACGACUACUAGUAAUCAGUAGUGUAAGGCACCACCGAGAGACUAGCUAAUUGUGGACAAAUUAAGGGGUUUUGCUUUCUUCAUAAUUUGUUGUGUGUGUAAACAAAUCAAGAUAGGGGGCAGGCAAACACAAAUUGGAGGGAUUUUUUGGGCCAUUGGUUGUAAUCAUUUUUCAGGUUUGCUCCAUUGGAACAGAUCAACUGCAAUUGUUGUUAACUGUAAACUGCAAUAUCUACUGUUUUAUUAUCACGCUCCUCAAAGUCAACAUAUGAAUUUUUGCAAU